AAUUUUUUUUCCCGGAAUUCCCAGGAUUACCACAAAAUCAUCAAGCAGCCGAUGGAUAUGGGAACCAUCAAACGCAGGCUGGAGAACAAUUAUUACUGGGGGGCGGCCGAGUGCAUGCAGGACUUCAACACCAUGUUCACCAACUGCUACAUCUACAACAAGCCCACGGAUGACAUCGUGCUGAUGGCGCAGACGCUGGAGAAGCUGUUCCUGCAGAAGGUGGCGCAGAUGCCCCCGGAGGAGCAGGAGCUGCUGCUGCCCCUGGCCAAGAACAGCCACAAGAAAGGGGCGGCGCGAGCGGCAGCUCUCCUGGCGGGGCUGGCGGGCGGAGCCCAGCAGGUCCCGGCCGUCUCCUCCCUUUCCCUUG